CCUCAGCAUGUUUAGUAAGGGGCACGAAAACCAAGAAGGAGGGUCGGCCAAGUUGAUAAUGCCAGAUAUCUUAAAUCAAGCAAGAUUCUUGACGUCUUUGGAUAUGUGGCACCCUGUUAGAAAAUCAAAAGUCUCAAGCUGUUCCCUCCCACUUGCGCCGACACAGGCCUUUGAAAUGGCAAAGGGCACCCAAUGCUAAACUUGCUUGACCAUCACCAAAAAUCCAAUUUUGCUCUUAUCCUUAGUUUCAUAAUUUUACAUAUUUAUGAUCCAGAUAUUUGCUUCAUCAGAGUGCAUAUCCAGCACCAAUCUUAACUUUUUUGAGAUUUUGCAUUUCUUCAAGCCAGGCCUUGCUCAGGAAUACCUGAAAAUAUUGCAAAUUUCCGAAAUCUUGAUUUUACAAAUUUAACUUCUGGGAUCACAAUUAUACAAAAAUUAUAAAAAGCCGAGUAAAAUUGGAAUUUUGAUGAUGGGUUUAGUCAGGCAAGUUGAGCAUUAGGACCUCUUCAAAGUGGUGUAACACUUUUGAUUUUAUCAUGUCGUACUACCACAUAUCCAAAAGGCAUAAAGAACUGACAUUAGCAACUUUGCGGACCAUCCUCCUAAUUUUACUGUGUUGAAUUACAGAAUGUAAGAAAAAAUGCCUUGAUCCAAAAUGGCUUUGGCAAAAGCUUCCAACCGAAGUCCCCGUCUAACUGAAGGCCUAAACCAAGGGGACGCUGAAGAACGACGCUGCUCAAAGAAGAAGUCAAAAAUAUGUACGGAUUUCUCUGAAAACUCGGAAUAUGCAGACCUGGCGGAAAAAGUUUUUCAGGACGUCAAUGCUGCAUUCGAGCGGGAUGAAUUAAUAGACGAAUUUGAUAUUGUUCCUGUGGAAAGCAAGGCUAACCACUCCCCCGUUUUACAUGUGGCUUCGGAGCACAAGCUAGCCCUGGAAGCAUGGUGUGUUCCAUACCUGUUUACCCAUUCCUAUAAAUCUUUCCUCGCUGUGCGGAGGAAGCAAAAGUGUUCUUUAUCAUCCUUAAUUUCGUCAACGAACCCAUCAAAGUAUGGCAGUUUCAAAGCUUCAAAUUUCUCAGAGUCUGAUCGAAUCAAUAGAGGUUUGGUGCUCAGCCGGACGCUUGUGUUGCUCAACCCGGACAUUACGAUGGCUUGGAAUUUUCGAAGAGAUUUUGUUCCUAUUGUUUCGCCAGCAAUUUUGGAAGCUGAGCUGAGGCUAGUAAGUCUCGUUUCUACAAGGAAGCCUAAAUGCCCAGAAGGGUUUGUUUACAGAAGGUGGCUGAUAAAUCAAGCAUUCAAAAAUCAUUUGCUGCUUCCAGAAACCAUCGGAGAAUGGUUCCCGAUUGAGGUCAAAUCUAUUGAAAUUCCAAUUCUCAAAUAUUUUAGCAACUAUCACGCCUGGAGCUACAGAAUGUGGCUUCUUCAGAAAAUUCUAUAUGAUCAAGGGAUCCCAUUAGAACAGAAAUUACUAGUCUUGGAAAGUGAGGUCAACUGUACCGACGCUUGGAUGAAUACUCAAGUAUCAGACUAUUGUGGACACCACUACAGACAUAAAUUGUUACAUUUGCUACAAUUGACUGUGCCCGAAAAUAGUUCUACUACUCAUCAUGAAAAGUUUAUCGCGAGGAUGAAGAAAGAAUUGGAUCAAAAUGCAAAGCAGAUUGAAUUAUACGAAGGUCACGAGUCGCUCUGGUGCCAUCGUCGAGCGGUUAUGAAAAUGCUACUGGAAUACCUUGCUGACAAUGGUUCCGACGAAUGCAAUAACAGUCACUCCGUCAUAAUUAAGGAUUUGGUGUACAACGAACAAAAAUUCGUCAGCUUGAUCAUUUCUGAUGAUAAUGUUGCAGAAAAUUCAAAGGAGCGCACCACACUCAAUUGCAACCAUUGCAGGAAAUACGUGGCGUGGACUAAUGCUCAGUUUUCAAAGUUCAAUUGGCAACUCUCAACCAAUGAUUUUAACAGUUCACAAAGUUGCAUUUAGAUUUUUACAUACAUUUUUUAUCAUUAUUUUUUGCGUGCUUUAUAUUUUGUACCUUGUCUUGUUUGCUGAAUGUUUUCACUUGCCUAAUAAAUUUGUAGGGUAUAUAUUAUCGUAUGAUACUCUUAUAUCAUGAGUAUUCAUUCUGUACAUUUGUAACAACAGCAGUGAUACAAAGUGUCGAAUAUAUUCACAAUAAUAACACAAGUAGCCUGUAAAAUUAUAAAUUAGUCCAAAAUAUGUGAAAUCUAUGCAAUGAAGUUCAUAUAAUAUACAUACAUACAGUCAUCCACUUUGUUCAAUUUUACGAAUCAUUACUGAAUAAAGCCUCUGAUAAAUUA